AGAGAGAGAAAGAGAGUAGGAGUGGGGUGAGAGUGUGCAACAGCGUGCUGGGGUAGAUGAGCCAAGCUUUCACACACACUGACACACACCACAGCGUGAAGAGCGAAGCAGAGAUAAAGAGGGCAAUGUGUGUUCAUGUAUACAUAUGUGUAAUAGAGAAAAAGCAAGACAGAAAACAGGGAUAAGGAAGACAGGACAAGAAAGUGUGAGGACUGCCUGUAUUUGCCUGUGUAUUCUCAUUUUCUUGGCACACUUGACUGUUUGGAUGAUGAAAGGACUAUGGAUGUUUAAUACUCAUCUCCAGGACUCUGGAAACCUCAGGGAAAUACCGUAGUGAAACCCUCAAGCAACAUAUUUCCUUUUAUACCACUUGGGAUUUGUAAGAUUCUCAUGAAACAGUUAUACCUGCUCGGACGUCCAUUAUAUUAGAGGCAUCUGGAGACAUGGAGCUGAAAGGGAAGAUGCUUUUGGGGCAAUGUUUGGUCCACACAAGCACCAGCCCGAUACUUCUGGAAAUUUGCCAAGACAGGAACCAUGGCAAAAAGACGCAUCAUUUAUCCACAGUAUAAGUUGACUUAUAUGAAGCAUAUGAAACCAGAUUGCUCAGUAGAGCUUAUACUGGAGAUGGAAAUGGUCAUUAUUUACAUGAACAAGCAAAACAGUGGCAUGAAAUAAAUAACUGAAUGCACUUCAAUACAAGCGGAUGGAUUUAUUACUCGCCACAGCAAUGACAAAACUGGAUUUAUGGGCUACUGCUAACAAGGGGGAUGAAAGUCCCCACUCCACACACACACAUAUCCACUCGCAAGGGCUGACCUCACCAAUACUGUGACCUUGGUUUCCUUGGUGGAGGCUUAUGUAAAUCAACAACAGCAAAUCAAUAAGGACUUAUCACCGUGCUUGGUCCAUAAAAUCUUAAUUACGGGGAAUACAGUGCAGGCAACAGAAAGGCACACUGAUAUAGGACAGGGUCAUUUGAAGCCGAUGAAAAACUGGAAGCAUCUAAAGCUUUAAAGACAGUUAUUUUUAAACCUGAAGUGGACGUAUUAAUAGAUCAACACAUGAACUGUGCUCUGAAUCAUCCAAAACAAUUCUCUGGAUUUCCUUUAUGGGUUUUAGUACUAUAUCCAAUUUUAUAAAAUGGGCACAGAGAGGGGUUUCUAAAUGUGAGAGAUAUAGGACAGUUUUAUCCAUGACCCACAGGGAAUGCGGAUACUGGCCUACUACUGUUAAACCAGAACAUGGCUGUGACCCAAGAGUUGCAGUCAGUUUGAUUAAAAAAAUAAAGAAGUGCCAACCUAUUGAGGAAACCAGGAGAUGUGAAUUCCCUGCUCGACUGCAAGGAUUACAAAAAGGUGCAAAACUCUUCUUUAAAAAUGCUUGGUUGUGAUGUUCGACUUGGACUCCACCCAGACUCUUCUGGGCCAACCACACGCUGUGGAUACUGAAAGACAGAGCUCUGGAGAGGGGAUAAUGCACAGGUCGAUCCCUUCAGCACAGGAGGAAAAAGGCACCAUGAGUAACGUUACAGUCUUGGACAUGACGGAGACCGCAAGCCCAGCCAUGACGGCGGACGAACCUCACCCCUACCCCCUCAGUUUCCAGGUCUCCCUAACUGGCUUCCUGAUGCUAGAGAUAGUGCUGGGCCUGAGCAGCAACCUCACUGUGCUUGUCUUGUACUGCAUGAAGUCCAACCUGGUCAACUCUGUUAGCAACAUCGUGACCAUGAACCUGCAUGUGCUCGAUGUGCUGGUGUGUGUGUGCUGCAUCCCGCUGACCAUCGUUGUGCUACUUCUCUCGCUGCAAGGUGACACUGUGCUGGUCUGCUGUUUCCAUGAGGCCUGCGUGUCCUUUGCCAGUGUGGCCACGGCAGCAAAUGUGCUAGCCAUCACACUUGAUCGCUAUGAUAUCUCUGUCAAACCAGCCAAUCGUGUGCUGACCAUGGGCCGAGCAGUUGCUCUGUUGGGGGGUAUCUGGGUGCUGUCUUUUCUUAGUUUCCUGGUGCCCUUCAUUGAGGUGGGCUUUUUUGGACCAGAGACAACCAAAGCCAACCAGACUGCUGUGGUGCAUGUAAAUGAGUACUACACUGAGUUAGGUCUGUAUUACCACCUGGUUGCACAGAUCCCUAUCUUCUGCUUCACUGCUGUGGUCAUGCUGGUCACUUACUCUAAAAUCUUGCAAGCGUUAAACAUCCGCAUCGGAACGCGCUUCCACACCUCACAGAAGAAGAAGAAGAUGCGAUGGAAAAAGAACAUUUCACUUAUGUCGUCCUCACAACAGCAGUUGCCUGAAGUCACAGAUGGCUCUCAGGGCAGCAGUGGGACCCGUAAUGUGCCACUGGGCAUGAGAACCUCAGUGUCUGUGAUCAUUGCCCUGCGGCGAGCUGUGAAACGGCACCGGGAGCGGCGGGAAAGGCAGAAGCGGGUUUUCCGCAUGUCGCUCCUUAUCAUCUCCACCUUUCUGCUGUGCUGGACCCCUAUUACUGUUCUAAACAGCAUCAUCCUCAGCACAGGCCCCAGUGACCUCAAUGUGAAGCUACGUCUGGGCCUCCUGGUCAUGGCGUAUGGAACAACGGUCUUCCAUCCGCUUCUCUAUGCUUUCACACGUCAGAAAUUUCAAAAGGUUCUAAAAAGUAAAAUGAAAAAAAGGGUGGUGUCCAUCAUCGAGACAGAUCCUUUGCCAACCAAUUCAGUCAUAAAAAACUCAUGGAUUGAUCCAAAGAGGAACAAAAAAGUGACAUUUGAGGAUCAUGAAGCCAAACAAAAGUGUCUAUCAUCAGAGGAUGUUGACUAAAUACCAGUACCGGCAGGAACACCAGUACACAUUGUAGCCUCAAAAACUGAACUUUUAAAAAUCUUCAUUACAGUCAUAAUGGAAAGAGACUGACUCAAGUGUGUGCUAUAGAUGGAACUAAAUUCGAUGUGAAUAUAUAAAUUAAUAUCGGUUUGUUACUAUUUAUAUGAACUUAAAAUUUAGUAUACUAGUAUGACAUUCACUGUGCUGUUGAAAACUGCAUGUUUUUAUAACCCUGUAUAUAAAAUUCUAUAAUUGAGAUGUAUAUAUGCACACAUAAAAUACUAUAUGUAUAAAUAUUAGAAUAUAUAGGCGCCACAUACAAAAAUUUUUAAUAAAUAAGGCAAAAGCUUCUCUCCGGGUUUCAACACAUAAAAUUACUGCUUCCAUCAGAAAGUAGCUCACCUUUGACCCUUGCUGAUGUAAUACCGCUUUUAUGACCCUUAUGUUUAUUAUGUUGUCCUCUUCCUGUCCUUAUCUUAGACUAGAAAGUCAUCAAACAAAUUACUAUUUAGCAAAUUAUUACAAACACAAUUAGCUGUAGCCAAAAAUGCAAGCAAGCGAAGAUCACUUGAGCAUCAAGUAACUGGCAUUAUGCCUUACACAAAGUGACUUGCGAGCAAGGGGAAUGACUGGUUUAUUUCAACAUGCAGAAUGUAAUAGGAGACUGGAGAGUCAUUCACCUUAUUUUCCACACAGACACAGACAAUUUGCUCUUCUGUUCAAGGACAUUGGAGUAUUCAGUGCACAAACCUGUGUUUUCUUUCCAAUAUUGAAGGGCAUCCAGACUAAGUAAAAGAGCUUAAAUUAGGAUGGCCUCCACAUCAAUAUUACAGUAAGCCAUGUGGCAAUGGCUUGUCCUGCAUCACACAGGGGAAGAUCAAUGUUAAAUAGACAGUGGAAGCUUAAAUUUAGAGCUUUCCAUCCCAGAGGCAUAUAAAUUAUGGAAAACAUUCAAUAAUCAAUUUCCCUCAAGCAAAAGCAGGUUGCUUGUGUUUAGGAUUUUGUCUGUUUUUCAUACACAGAGACCCAAAGGAGAACUGUUUCUCACUACUGAAGGGGGCCAGGUCCUAUUUUUGAGUCCAGCUGUUUAAUGUGCUGGAGCAUUGCAUGUCUUAAUAAAAUGCCUGAGCUCCCUGUCUGAUCAAGGUCACUUUUGUUUUGACAGCCAAAAAUGUAAUAAGGAUUUCAACCUAGCCAGCAUGGCCUCUGUUGACUUUCAUAAUGUUUGGUUUUUCAGAGCAAUCAAAAAAGGUCAUUAGCUCAAAAUGAGCUCCUCACUUCAUGUUUCUAGAGCUUUAGUCUUAAAUGUCAGAUGCAGCUCCUGUCUUGAUCUUUUUUAGCUCAAAAAAAGAAGAGAGUGAACAUAUUUCAGUAGGGCUGCUUCGCAUGUGUAAUCCUGGGCAUGUGUGAAACUAAGUAAGCGAGGGAAUGUGUGAUGUUGUGUGAUUGUUCUGUGUGAGUGUGUAGGAGUGUGGGAGAGCAUCUGACAGCUUUAACGGAUAAUAACAAAAGUGUUCUACAGGUGGAGUGAAGUGGGACGCUGCCCUAAAACUCUCUGCAACUCAUUACAUUUAAGUCUUUCCACUAUCUUUCUCUUGCCACUGUUGCAGUAGACUAUUGAAUUGAUGGGCCUUUUUUGGACUAAUUAGCAUGUUGCGUAUCACACGUGUAUUGAAUAACACGUGUUGUAACACUGAUUGGUGAUGUAUACAUCGAGCUUGCCGAGUGGUUCAGAAGUGAUGAAGCAGACUGAUAAGGUCUGAUCGUGUAGAAUGGAUGAAAAGGGAACUCUUUAAACCACAGCACAGC